UUUUAGCCAUUACCAAAUAAAACACACACACACACACACCGUUAUUUGGAACAUUUGAAUACACAUCUGGAACAUAUCAAAUCUUCUCUAUUUCUCUUUGUGUUUGUUCGAUGUAUCGAUCUGAUCUGAUCAUUGAUAAUUGGCCACAAAAUUUUUACAUUUACACAACUAAAAGCAACAAAUGAAUGAAAUCAAGGACAAAACACACAGACUGUUUGUUGUAAUCAAUGGAUUGUGUUGUGUUGUGUUUGUGUGUGUUUUUUUCGAUGUUUUUCUAUAUAUGCAUAAAAUGGUGACAUUUCGUGACAAUUUAUUAAUCAUAAUGAUGAUGAUGAUGAUUUAAUUAUCAACAUUUUUUUUUAUAUUCAUUUUCAAAUAAUUUUUCAAUAAAAUUCCAAACAGCUCGAAUCCAACACAAUUGAAUCUAUCUCUCUCUCUCUCUAUGUUCAAGUUUUUGGAAUGACAAAUUCACAUUGGUCUAAAUUGGUUUAACUACGAAAUUUCACUUAACUUUCAAUUGCAGCUGUGUCCAUUCGAAUUGGAAAUUUUAAAUUAAUGAUGAUGGCUACAAACGGUACAACACAGCAAAAUAUUCAAAUGCAACAAAAAUCAUCAUCACCAUCAUCAUCAUCGAAAUUAUCGACAAAUGGUGGAUCACCAUCGAAAAAAACCAAUGGUGUUAAUGGUCAUAAUAAUCAUCAUCAUAAUGGUAAUGAUGAUGUUGUUGUUGUUCAACAACCAGAUUUAAUCAUGAUGACACCGUUGAAAAAAGAAUUGGAUCAUACAAUACUACGUGUAGAACGUAUUGUUGAUGGUAAACAAUUGGAUCAACAACAACAGAAUAUUCGUCAUGUUGCUGGUGGCCAACAUCAAGGAAUUAUUAUUAAUAAACAAAUUGCUCAACAACAAGACCAUCAACAUCAUAAUCGAACGAAAUUUGAUUUACGUCUUGCAUUCAAAGUAUUUCUUGUCAAUGCCAUUACAAAUGUUCAUCAACAAGAAUCACGUGAACUUCGAUUCUGGUUUCACCAUCAUGAUGAUGAUGAUGAUGAUCAUCAUCAUCAUAAUUCAUCAUCAUUAAAUGGUGGUGGUAAUAAUGAUCAAAAUCUUCUUCAAUGUGCACAAUCAUUUUUUCGUGCACUUGUUAAUCCACAAGAUUUUCCAAAAAAUUAUGUCGGUUUCAUAAUGAAAUUGAUGAAAACAAUGCAACAACCAUUGUAUAGGCCAUUAUUACAAAUAGAAUUGGAAGUAAAACAGAUUGAUGAACCAUUCGUAAGACCAUCAUCAUCAUCAACGUCAUCAUCACAACGUUCAUCAAUGGAUCUUAGUUUGAAUUCAAACAAUAAUCACCAUCAUCAUCAUUAUCAAUUGUUGACUGAAGAAAAAGUUCGUGAAAUGAUUGAAUCGGCAUAUCCGAAUCCGCUUUCAUUACCCGAUAUUGCUGCUACAACCUGUUCGAAUCAAGAAGAUGUUGAACGUUUAGUUAAUGAAUUAUGUACAAAAGGUGUUGCACGUUUAACCGAUCUUGGUCAAAUUAUUCGUGUUACAAGCGAUGAACAACAGGUGAAACGUGUUAGUCAGAUGCCUAAAGUGAUUCGAUCACAGCAACCAACUGUAGCUAUAAUAACGGCACAAUUUUGUGAAAAAUUAGCCGUUGAUUCAAUGAUCGAUAAUAAAGAUACAUAUGUCCGUUAUAAAGGUGAAGGUGAAUCAAAUGUUUAUACAUUGGGCAAUAUUGGACAACAUCGUGUUGUUGCCACAAAAUUACCGGCUGUUGGUAAUAGCCGUUCGGCUAUGAUUGCCGCCGGUAAUACAACUACAAGGCUUUUAGGUACAUUUCAACAUGUUGAAUAUGUAUUUCUUGUUGGUAUUGGUGGCGGUGUACCACAUUAUACUGAUUAUCAUCAACAUGUACGACUUGGUGAUAUAGUUGUGUCGGCAUCUCCAAGAAAAAAUUCCUCAUAUUCACCAAUCAACCAGAAAACUAGUAAUUCGGAUAUCGGUGGUGAUGAUGAUGGUCAUAAUGGUCAUGGAAAUAAUCGUCCACAACAAUUGCCAACACGUUCAGAUUUUAUUUAUGUACAUUGUGAAAAACUUCGUUCAUCACCGGAUGAACCGAUGAAUGCAUCGAAUUCAACAUGGAAAGAAUUACAGACAGUUGAUUCAUUUAAUUAUCGUUUUUGGUGUCCAUUAUCAUUAGAAUUACAGGAUAUAGCUCGUCAUAUCUAUUUGGAAGCACAGAAUGAUAUUGUUGGCGGUGGUCAACCAUCAUGGGAACGUUAUAUUGAAGAGGCACGACAUCGAUUACAAGAAAGCGAUGAUCUUGAAUUUGUACGGCCAGCAGAAAACACUGAUAAAUUAUACAUGUCGAUCGGUACUAAUGAUGUAAUUGAAAUGGCACAUCCUGAACCGGAUCAUCAUCAUGAAGAUACCGGUGAAGAUGAUCCACGAAAACGUGGAAUGCCAAAAAUUCAUUUUGGUGCUGUCGGUUCUGGCCGAUUGGCUGUUGGUAAUGAACAAUUACGACAGGAUAUUGCAUUGAAAUUCGGUAUAAAAGCAUUCGAUAUUGAAUUCGAUACGGUUAUUGAAUCAAUAUUUGGUAAUCGUAAAGAUCGUUAUAUAAUCAUUCGUGGUAUUGCCGAUUAUAAGGAUGGUUCAAGAAAAAAAGAAUGGCAACCAUAUGCAGCAUUAUCGGCGGCUGCCUAUAUGAAAGCAAUUCUUUGCCGUCUUGAACCAAUGAAUUAAUUAACAAGACAGCUUGGAUUUCUCUUCUUCGUUUUUUUUUUUUUUUUUCAAUUUUAUUCUCCACAUAUUUUGUCACCAUAACGAAAAACUAGUCAUCAGAAAAAAGGAAAAAAUUAUUUACACAUCUA